AUGACAGGGUCGGUUGUGAAGCGGGCCCGCACCGCUGGCUGCCACCAGCACAAGGUGGGCCCCACCUUCUCGGUGCCAGGACUGUGCAUCACAGAGCACACAUUCACCCUUCCCCUGGACUACUCUGGUCUCCACCCUGGCAAUGUGGAUGUCUUCUGCAGGGUACUGGUGCACAGGAACAAGGUCAGCGACCACAACCUGCCGUACCUGCUGUACCUGCAAGGAGGACCAGGGUUCGAAGCUCCACGACCCCUGGACAACACCGGGUGGAUCAAGCAUGCCUGCAACUACUUCCGCAUCGUGCUCAUGGACCAGCGUGGCACAGGCCUGUCGAGCCCCAUCACCCCCGGCAAUGUCGAGAGGCUCGGGGACGCGGGAGCGCAGGCCCUGCACCUGACGCACUUCAGGGCGGACAGCAUCGUGGCCGACGCGGAGGUCAUCCGCAUGGUGCUGGUGCCGGGAACAAACCACGACGGCCGCUGGACGGUCCUGGGCCAGAGCUUUGGCGGGUUCUGCUGCGUCACCUACCUCUCCCUCGCCCCAGAGAGCCUGAUCGACUGCCUGAUCACGGGAGGCAUACCCCCGCGCAUCGACACCCCCUGCGCCGCCGAGGCGGUGUACCGGGCGUGCGCGCUCCGGGUCCUGCUCCAGAAUCGCAAGUACUAUUCACGCUUUCCCAUGGACGUCGCGCGCAUUGGGGCGGUGGUGCGCUUCCUGGCGGCCGCCCCGGGAGGGGGGGUGAGUACACCCGCCGGGAACCUGCUCACCCCCAGGAGCCUGCAGCUGCUGGGCCUGCACAGCAUGGGCUUCAGCACCGGCUUCGAGCGCCUGCACUACCUCUUUGAAGGCAGUUUUGAUGGGCCAGAGCUCAGCCGCAAGUUCCUCAAGGAUUUUGAUGUGUGGAUGAGCUGGGACACCAACCCCCUGUACGCCAUCAUGCACGAGAGCAUCUACUGCCAGGGGGCUGCCUCUAACUGGGCCGCCGAGCGAGUACUGGCCAGCGGGGAGUUUGCCGACGCCUUUGACGCCACGCAGGCAGCACAGGCGGGCCAGCCUGUCAACUUCACGGGCGAGAUGGUGUUCUCCUGGAUGUUUGAGGCAAUCGCCGGGCUCAGACCCAUGAAGGAGGCUGCAGACAUCCUGGCGAGCAAGGAGGACUGGCCAACUCUGUACGAUGUGGAUGUCCUGGAGGAGAACACCGUGCCCACAGCCGGCGUGCUCUACUACGAGGACAUGUUUGUCAAUUUUGGACUCGCCCAGGAGACCGCCAAUCGCAUCAACGGCAUGCACCAGUGGGUGACCAACGAGUAUCUCCACUGUGGCAUUCGAGAAGCAGGGGGCCCUGUCUUCGAGCGCCUGCUCAACCUGUGUCGGGGGGGCAUCCUGCCCCGAUAG